AUGUCAGACCACAACGUUAACUCCACUUUUAGAAAAACUUUGGUCGAGUUAUGCGAAACUGCAACUUGGAUAACAUCGCAAGUUUAUGCGGCUAAGAAUUUAGAGAAAAACGAUUUGAUUACAGUAGAUAAUAAAAUAAGCGCAUUGUAUCCCAUUGCAGAAAAAUAUGAUAGAUCAUUCAGAACCACUACAGUUAUAUUAGACGAAGAACUUAUCCUGAAAUUGGAAAAUGCAGCAUCAAGUCUAUGGAAUUCGUUGACUAUUGCUAUGAAAGCUGAAAAAGCUUCAGACAAAUAUUUUAAUGAAGUCUUUUGCAAAUGUAAGAUUUUCGCAACCAAGCUUCUCUCCAUCCAUGAGGCUUUGUUUCGGACAAACACCAACCUCCUACGGAACUUCAAAUGUUAUAUCAGUUCUUUCAAAAGCGCUAGUGAGUAUCGUUUUGACGAUUUAAUAACUAAUACACAGCAGCAUUCAGAGAAAUACUUACAGAUAAUCAAUGAGAAUGUGGAAAGUUUCUCCAAUGAAGAGAAAACUGAGUUUAAAAAACUGACGUUCGAGUUUUACUUGGUAAAUUUUCAAUUAUAUCUUUCGGAAAAUGACCUGGAUACAGCAAAUAUUUACACUGCAAAAGUAAACAUCACUGAUAAUUCCAAAUAUAUGGACGCAGAUUUGCUCAUCGAAUUAUGCAGAAUGAUCUAUAAUUCCACAGUUAUGUUGAAAGAAAUUAAUAAUCCUGAAACUCAGUUAGUAGACGUAAAUAUAAUUUCUUUUUUGAAGGAUGUGGAAAAAUAUUUGGAGUUACCUGUGGAAAAUUUAAAAUCUCAUACUGAUUAUAGUAAUUUAAAGUAUUCAGUUUUGAUUUUUAUGGCAAAUUGUUUGGUUGAAGGACACCCACAAGCUUCUGAACUUGAACAAUGUGAUCACUAUUUAAGUCUUUUGCAAAAUGAAUAUCCAAACAAAGUGGACCCUUUUAUAUUGGCUAUCAAUUUAACUAAACGGAGAAAUAUCGUAAAUCCGGCAGAAACCAUAGAGGAAAUUCUCAUGCGAAUGAUUAUGUCAGUAGAUGUAAUAUCCAAUUUUCAAGCUGUCAUAGCUUCUAUCAAUGACUUAUCAAAAAUGAACACCAAAUUCUCUAUAGUGUGUCUCGAUUAUUUGUUAAUCAAUAAACUGAAUUCUAAGAAUGAUAGUAAAUUCUUAGGAAAAGCCAUUUGCUCCAGGUUUUUAAUUACAACACAAUCAAAAACAAUGAAUGAUUCCGAGAUAGCGGAAAGCUUAGAGAAUUUUAGCACACAGAUGGAAAGAAUAGUUUCAGAACCCCUCACCAAACAUGCUAUCUCUUGCAUAAUAACUUUAUUAUGGAAUACUGGAAAAAAGUUAGAAAAGAUGGAAAAAUACGUUGUUAGUAUUAGAUUUUACAAAUUAGCACUCAAAGAUAUUAUCAGUCAAAAUUAUUCCGACCGGGGGAAAAUUCAAAGGGCUCUACAAGUCGUAUAUAACAAAAUUGAAGACUAUUCCAACACAGUUAGAGUAUAUCAGGAUAUGGACGAAGUAGAUAGACAAUCUCCUCUGUGUCAACUUUUGAUGUUGCAGUCUUUUCUAGCGGAUGAUAAAACAGAGGAAGCGCUUACGUGCCUCCAGAAGAUAAAGUCGUCUGAAGAUGAAAAAAGUACAGACGCUCUUAUAUUAGCAGUAGCAGAAUGCAAACGAAAGACAGAUUUGUCUGUUCAAGGGCUCUUAAUGAUAUUUGACAAAUUACAAUCUAAAAGCAAUUCGCAAACUAUAUCAUCUACGUCGAGUUCUCAGACACUGAGCAUUCUCAGGUAUACCCUACAGAUGAUUGUCAAAGUAUCGGAAGAGGAGCCUUUAGAAACCUUCAUAAAUUAUUUACCAACAGUACAGAAACUUUUACAGAAGGCUGUCGAGUUUCUCAAAACUGUAAAGUUACUAAAUCAAUUACCACCAGACGUUGAGAAGGAAGCAAUAUAUCAGCAAUCAGUGGCUGUAAACGAAAUCGAGUGGUUUGCCUCUUUUUCCUAUAAUGUGGCUGUAAAAUGCUUAGUUGAUCAGUCCUGUGAAUCCAUCUCCGAGUUUCCCCAGUAUUGCAUUCAAUUUAUUGACCUUAUUCCGGUCCAAGACUUCACUUUCCCGAAAAUGUAUCAUUUCACAUAUUGGAGGUUCAAAGCCACAAUCUUGCAGUUGAUAAUAGCCAAAGAAAAAGCAAAGCAAGACCAACACCAAAAGGAUUGGGAUAUUUAUGAGAAGUCAGAAGAGUUGGUUAAUAGCAUAAAUGUUAUGAAGAAAAGCUCGGAAUUUAAGGAUGGGUCAUCAUUGGAAGAUAGAAAUACAUUACAUGAAUGUUUCCUGGAGGCGUUGACUAUACAUCUGGAAAGUGCCUUAAUGAUGCCUGAUCAAACUAGGAUUCUGGACAUAUUGAAGAAAACGGAAUUGUAUCAAGAUAGCCGCGUGGAUGCGCUACUUAUUGAUAUCUCGUCGAAUAUGGAAGAUUUACCUAAAGGAGUUCUCAUAGAGAUACUUGAAACAGUAUUAAAAAGAAACAUGGGCCCUGAAGUGAAAGAACGGGAACUCUGUAGCUGGCUGCGAAUUUUACUGGAAAAUGCAAUUAAUCUUAACCAUGAGGUCGAACUACGCAUAUUGGAUAGGGUUCUUAAGAUCCUAAAUAUAAAUCAAUCAAGUCUUCAAGACACAGAUGGUGUCCUUCAAACAGAGUUAGAAACUAUAGCCACUUACUGUUGGAAUAUCGGCGUCAAUUACAUAAUCAAAGACAACAAAAGCAAUGGAAUUGUUUGGUGUAAACAUUCAAUGGGGUUCGCAAACAUGGUUAAUGAAGGCUUGCAGGAGCAAUUGUACUCUUUAUGGGAGUCUUUAGCAAGUUCGGCAAAUAUCGAUAUCAAUAGUAUUGCUAAAUAA